AUGUCUUCUGAAACCAGUACACCUUAUACUCCAGCUUCCACCUCUACCUCUGUUGCUGGAAAUGAGACGGUCUCACUGGCGGACGAAAUUAAAAAAUAUGAUAUGGCCAAGCUUAUAGAUUUCUUGCAGGAGCGGGACUUAGGACUUAGUGAGACUGCUAUCAAAAUUUUAGAAAAGAAGGAGGAAGAGCUUGAGAAGUGGGGAAUGCCAGGUGGACCUGCUAAGAGACUCGUAAAGUUUGCCAAGGAGUGGCACAGAGAUUAUACCCACGAAGUCCCAGACAAUAAUAAGCAUCUCGAACUAUGUAUGGCUGAUAUCAAAUUACGACUUCAGAGUUAUGGAACGUUGGUGAUGACAAGCUUGGAGUCCAUGCGUAAUGAGUAUGUUUCAACUAUACUACAUACCGCCCUUCGUAUUGCAGAAGAUGCUACGAAAAAGAAAUUUAGCAUGAGGCCUGAGUAUGAAAUGAUUGGAGAUGAAA